UGCGUUAAACUAAAGCACAUUUCCUUAGUGAGUAAAGUAAGAAACAAACCGAAUGAGAGCAACCAUUUAUAUUCUUCCCUUCUUAGUCUUCUUCUUCUUCUUCUUCGCUCUCUUCAUUGUUCUAGAAUCUUCCGGUGACUGCUCCGAUUUCGAUCACGCGCAAAUGGCCACUCCACUCGGAGGUAUUCAGGAUUCCCCCAGCUCUGAAAAUUCUCUCGAAAUUGAAUCUCUUGCUCGAUUCGCUGUUGAUCAACACAACGCCAAACAGAAUUCACUUCUGGAGUUCGCAAGGGUGGUGAAAGCACGGGAACAGGUUGUUGCUGGUACACUGCAUCAUCUUACUCUUGAGGCUAUUGAUGCGGGUGAGAAGAAGAUCUAUGAAGCCAAAGUCUGGGUAAAACCCUGGAUGAACUUUAAAGAACUUACAGAGUUCAAGCAUGCUGGUGAUGGUCAUGCACCAUCAUUUACCACUUCAGAUCUUGGUGUGAUAAAGGAUGGCCACAAGCCAGGGUGGCAGUCUGUUCCAGCACAUGAUCCUCAAGUUCAGGAUGCAGCAAAUCAUGCUAUUAAGACCAUCCAGCAGAGGUCCAAUUCACUAGUGCCCUAUGAGCUCCAUGAGGUUACUGAUGCAAAGGCUGAGGUCAUUGAUGAUACUGCCAAGUUUAACUUGCUUCUCAAGGUCAAGCGGGGACAGAAAGAAGAGAAGUUCAAGGUAGAGGUGCACAAGAAUAGCGAAGGUAACUUCCAUCUUAAUCAGAUGGAAGCAGAUAAUUCCUAGUCCUACUAUUAAGCUUGGUCACAGUAGCAUUAUAGGCCUGCUUGGACCCUAAAUUUGCACUUUUUAUACAUGGGAUGUAUCAUAUAUGACUCAUACAUAACUAGUACGUUACGAAUAUUGCCCUUGUUAUAUAUGUCUAAACAAUUAUAUCAGUGCUUUCUUUAUGCCUUGGCCUA